CAAUGACGUCAUUAAUAAUAUGAAUACAUUGCAAGUGAUAUUUGGUUAGUUAGUAGUGAGGACUUUUAUCGAAUAUUUAUUAUAAAUAUUAUGGAAUGGAAAUAAAAUACUAAUAGCGUUUUAACGAAAACAUGCGACAAUUUACUAAUUUUUAAUUUUUAAUCCAUUACAAAUUGUCAUGGACGAAGAAACAUUGAAUAGGUUAGCAGCAGAGGCUUUACUUCAGGAAGCCAAGAUUGGAGCAAGAAGAGCAGCUAUAAUUGGUCCAAGUGGGUGGAUUAGAAAGAGAGAGACGAUAAAUAAACAGUUUCUUCAUGCAACAUUAAAAAAUGUAAUUUCAUCCAACAGACACAAAACAUUUAGUAAUAAAAGUAAACAGAAUAAUACUUCCAGUAAAUCAUUAGAGAACAAUGAUAAGCAUUGACAAUUUUAUAAUUUAUUUUAAUUAUAGAAAUCAGUUU